UACAUUUAGCUCCUAAAUGCACCUAUUUGAAUAACAUCAACGAGCUUAAAAAUGGGACAUAAGCAGAUAUAAUUAAAUUACAAGCAAGUUAAUUAGAGUUCAGCACAGUGGGCUCUCGAAACCCACUCGCAAUGAGACCGUUAAAGGUCGAAGCAAACCGCCGCACAGUAACCGUAGGUGGGCUGAUGCUUUCUGCACGAUUAACGAACAACAAUUACGCAUAAACCCACUGCUUUCGUAAACUACAACUUUAAGUCGCAGCGCAAUUCAUCAUAUUCCUAAUUGUGUUACCUUACAACGUCGUACAACCCACCCCACCGAGAUGAAUGAACGCAACAAACUCACUCUCGCUGGACCAGACCAUCGGACCAGCCGUGAAAAAUUACGUUAACACGAAAGUAACGUGCUGAAAUGUUUGGAUUUGCCACGAUAAGGCAUGAUGUGAUGAAGUCGAGGAGUAACAUUUUCGCGUUCAGUGGGUUGUAAGUGGGCACCUUCUCGUUUGUGUGUCUGUUCACACCCCCAGCUCAGCUCCCCUCCACAACGAGGCUGAGGGAGCGUUCAAUCGCACCGUCGGUCAGUGAAUAGAGGGACUACGCGCGGGGAAAUGCACGCGGAGGGAGGCUGUGCUGUCAGAGAAAUGCGCCUGAGAUUUAGCCGCUGAAUGCACACGACGCCACCGAAAUGCCGGGUUGGAAGAAAAACAUCCCCGCUUGUCUGCAAGCCGACGAAGAAGGAGAUGAGGGGCCUUACACUAAACAUUCCAAUCCCUCCAGGCCACCAGAUGGAGCUCUGGCAAUUAGGAGACAGAGUAUUCCAGAUGAGUUUAAAGGCACAAGCACUGUGGAGCUCAUUAAGAAGGAAGGAACCACCCUGGGCCUGACCGUAUCCGGAGGCAUCGACAAAGAGGGCAAACCCCGCGUCUCCAACCUGCGUCAGGGUGGCAUCGCAGCCAGGAGUGACCAGCUGAACGUGGGCGACUACAUAAAGUCUGUGAACGGGAUCAAUCUGACGAAAUUUCGUCAUGAUGAGAUCAUCAGUCUGUUGAAGAAUGUGGGGGAGAGGGUCGUGCUGGAGGUGGAGUACGAGCUGCCGCCUGUCUCUGUUCAGGGAUCAGGGGUCAUGUUCAAAAACGUGGAGGUGACGCUACAUAAAGAAGGCAAUACAUUCGGUUUCGUCAUCAGGGGUGGUGCCCAUGAGGAUAGGAACAAAUCUCGCCCAGUUACCAUAACAACCAUCAGACCCGGCGGUCCAGCUGACAGGGAAGGUACCAUCAAACCUGGCGACAGGCUGCUCAGCAUCGAUGGAAUUCGUUUGCACGGAGCGUCUCACGCAGAGGCCAUGAGCAUCCUUAAACAGUGUGGCCAGGAAGCCACUCUCCUCAUUGAGUACGAUGUGUCAGUCAUGGAUUCUGUAGCCACGGCUUCUGGUCCGCUGCUGGUGGAGGUGGCCAAAACCAUGGGCUCCAGUUUGGGUCUGGCUCUCUCUACCUCCAUGUAUUGCAACAAGCAGGUCAUCAUCAUCGAUAAGGUCAAACCGGCCAGCAUCGCCGAUAGGUGUGGUGCCCUGCAUGCGGGAGAUCACAUUUUGUCGGUGGAUGGCACGAGUAUGGAGUAUUGCACGCUGGCUGAAGCCACCCAACUGCUGGCUAGCGCUUCAGAACAUGUCAAAAUGGAGAUUUUGCCCCACCAUCAAACAAGACUGGCUCUCAAGGGACCUGAACAUGUCAAGGUGCAGAGGAGUAACCGGACGCUUCCCUGGGAAUCCGGAACCAACAACAACAGCAACUUCCUCCCCUACCAGCACUAUAACACCUACCACCCCGACCAGUCCCACAGCCAGGCCAAGCAGAAAACCUCUCCGAACAACCCCCCUCUGGGUUCUUCCUUUUCGCCGACCUCCAUGAGCGCUUACAGUCUGAGUUCACUCAACAUGAACACGCUGCCACGCACCAUGUAUCCCACAAGCCCCCGCGGCACCAUGAUGAGACGCAAACUGAAGAAGAAGGACUACAAGAGCUCAAUGUCUUUGGCAUCCAGUACCGUGGGGCUGGCGGGUCAGGUGGUCCACACGGAAACGACAGAGGUGACCCUCAUCAGCGACUCCAUCAUGGGUUUCGGAAUCCAGCUCCAGGGAGGAGUCUUCGCCACGGAAACCUUGUCCUCCCCUCCGCUUAUUGCUUACAUAGACCCCGACAGCCCGGCAGAACGGUGUGGCGUCCUGCAGAUCGGCGACCGCAUCCUGUCAAUAAAUGGAAUCCCCACUGAGGACAGCACGCUUGAGGAGACCAAUCAGCUGCUGAGGGACUCCAGCAUCACCAGCAAAGUAACCCUGGAGAUCGAGUUUGACGUAGCAGAAUCAGUCAUCCCCAGCAGUGGAACCUUCCAUGUGAAGCUACCAAAGAAGCCAGGUGUGGAGCUGGGCAUCACUAUCAGCUCUCCUUCCAGCAGAAAGCCCGGAGACUCUCUCAUCAUCUCUGAAAUUAAGAAAGGAAGUGUGGCACACAGGACGGGCACCCUAGAGCUUGGCGAUAAGCUUCUGGCGAUAGACAACAUCCGUCUGGACAACUGCUCUAUGGAGGACGCGGUUCAAAUCCUCCAGCAAUGCGAGGACUUGGUCAAACUGAAGAUACGCAAGGACGAGGACAACUCAGGUAUCCUACGUGAUGGCAGUGUUGAUAGGGACGCCCGUGUGCUGUUGGCCUGUGUUGCAGACGAGCAGGAGACCUCCGGUGCCAUCAUAUACACGGUGGAGCUGAAACGCUUCGGUGGGCCGCUGGGCAUCACCAUCUCAGGCACCGAGGAGCCCUUCGACCCCAUCAUCAUCUCCAGUCUCACUAAAGGCGGUCUGGCUGAGAGGACCGGUGCGAUACACGUUGGGGAUCGCAUCCUGGCCAUUAACAGCAACAGUUUGAAGGGCAAACCUCUGAGCGAGGCAAUACACUUGCUCCAGAUGGCCGGAGAAUCAGUCACGCUGAAGAUCAAGAAACAGGGAGAGUUGGCAAGCCCAAAGCAGCCUCCAAUACCCGGUCGAUCGAAUGAUCUGAGCGACAUGGAGGACGAGAGUCAAGCAGGGCAGAAACCCACUAAACUCUCUGACAUCUACUCCACCACCAUCCCCAGCGUGGACAGCGCCGUGGAAUCCUGGGAUGGCUCGGCCAUUGACGCCACCUUCAGCUCGCAGGCUCCCGCAGGUUUCCAAGCAUCUGGGUACAGUUUUCAUAGCCACGAGUGGAGGAACGCCAAAUCCAACCGGGGCAGCCUGUCCCCGGUCAACAGCAGUCGGCAGAGGAACAAUAUCCUGCCAGACUAUGGACUUGGCAUUGAUGAAUGGGACAGGCCAAGUGCUAGUGGAGCGUCAACGCUGCCCACCGGUUUAAUCUCAGACAGCAGGUUCACCGUUGGACACGACGGAACUGAGCCGGACCAGGAGGAGAACUUCUGGUCCCAAGCGCUAGAGGAUUUAGAGACGUGUGGACAGUCCGGGAUCCUGCGAGAACUUGAGGCCACCAUCAUGUCAGGCAGCUCGCUGAGCCUCAACCACGACCCGUCUCCCACUCGAAGUCACCUGGGCCGCCAAGCCAGCUUUCAGGAACGCAGCAACAACAAACAACAAUACACGCAGGCCAACCGUAGCAAUACGUUGCCCACCGACGUCGGCAGAAAAGCUUUCGCCAUGAGAAGAAUGAAGCAGGAGAUCAAAGACAUUAUGUCGGCCACCCCAGUUGAGCUUCAUAAGGUGAGUCUGUCGAAGGACUCCGAUCUUGAAGACUUUGGAUUUAGCGUAUCUGAUGGAGUUCUAGAGAAAGGGGUUUAUGUUAACAACAUCCGUCCGGGGGGACCCGCUGAAAUAGGAGGCCUGAAGCCAUAUGACCGUCUGUUACAGAUAAACCACGUCCGGACUAGAGACUUUGACUGCUGCUUAGUGGUUCCUCUCAUUGCGGAAUCCGGGAACAAACUGGAUCUAGUCAUAAGCCGAAACCCGGUUUCUUCCCAACCGUCAGAACUGAACUCAUUGUCCAAUGACGAGCCAGUGAACUGGGCAGACACUGUGGAUCAGCCCACCGCCCGGCUGGAACAGGGCCAGCACAACCCGACGCUAAAUGACAGAGACCCCAACCAAUCCUUAUAGCAGAUCUCCAGUUUCCUGCACUGGAAUGCCCCUCAUGGUGCUACCCUUGAACUCUCUCUCCUCCUGUAGACGGCUCCCCCUGGUGGAGAAAAACAGAAGGGGCUUCUUCUCAUUCAGCACACACCCAGAUCUUUUCCACCCAGUCAGAGCAUGAGCCACAGUGACUUCGAGGUCCUAUCCUGACAUGCUGGGUGGUGUUUUUACCCUGUGAAAAUGGUGAUUAUGGAGAAGACCACACUGACCUCUUGGAAAACCAAAACUGUUAAAAAAGGAGAAAAGUGAAACAGUGCCAUCCCUGAUUUUAUUGCCAAUAAACAAUAGUUCUAAGGAGGACAAAAAGAGUUGAAAAAAAGCAUAAAAGCAACAAUAAGACUUAAAAUAUUAGACUGA